AUGUCAGAUGCAGAGGUCAAAGUGAAAAUUGUACUGAACAAAGUACAUACAUAUGGUGCAGAAAAUACACUUAGUGAUGAAGAACAUUAUGGAAAAGAUGAAGAACACAAUGUAGAUUAUGAUCACGAUGCAUUUCUAGGAGAUGAAGCAAAAUCUUUUGAUGAACUUUCUCCAGAAGAAAGUAGAAAUCGACUUGGAAAAAUAGUAGAAAAAAUAGAUAAAAAUAAAGAUGGUUUUGUUACUCAGCAAGAAUUAAAAGAAUGGAUUCAAUUUACACAAAAAAGAUAUAUUUUGGAAGAUGUAGAUAAACAGUGGAAAAAUCAUAAUCCAGAUAAAAAAGAAAUUAUUUCUUGGGAAGAAUAUAAAAAAUCUACUUAUGGCUAUCUUAAUGGAAUUGAAGAAAUUGAUACCAAUGAUGAUGAAAAUACUAUUGCCUAUAAAGAAAUGUUACAAAGAGACAAGAGAAGAUGGACAGCAGCUGAUAAAAAUGGUGAUAAUGCACUUUCGAAAGAAGAAUUUUUGAACUUCUUACAUCCUGAAGAAACACCAGAAAUGAGAGAUAUUGUUAUAAUUGAAACUAUGGAGGAUAUUGACAAAAAUAAGGAUGGAAAAAUUUCAUUAGAUGAAUAUAUUGGAGAUAUGUAUCCAAAUGCCGAAUCUGAUGAAGAAGAACCUGACUGGGUCAAGAAUGAGAGAGAGCAGUUUUCAAAUUUUAGAGACAAAAAUAAAGAUGGAUUUAUGGAUAAAGAAGAAGUCCGUGACUGGAUUUUACCCGACGACUAUGAUCAUAGUGAGGCCGAAGCCCGACACCUAGUUUACGAGUCGGAUGCAAAUAGGGAUAACAAGUUGAGUAAAGAAGAAGUUUUAGAUAAAUAUGAUUUAUUUGUAGGAAGCCAAGCUACAGAUUUUGGAGAAGCACUAGUCAGGCACGACGAAUUUUGACUUAAUAGAAAAGAAUUAACUUAUAUCUUAGUGCCAAUCUUUUAAGAAUAUCGAUUUUGUUAUUUUUCUAUUUUUAAUAAAAUCCACACCUUACUAUGCUGAAA